AAUCAAAGACAUACAUACAUACAUACAUGUCUGCGUGUUGAUCAACGUGGUCUAACGUAUCAGCAAUCCUUACUACGAGAUUUCCGGCGGCAUUAAAUGAAUUUGUGAAAAUAUCCAUGGCUGCCCGAGCCGGAAGCCAGUAACUUAGUUGGUUAGUUGGUCAAUUAGUCAACUAGCUUCUGAUCGACCUUCUUUCUAUUUCUUCAACUCUUUUCAGAACAUGUCAUUUCGCUUAUAAGCAGAAAUCUUUGCAAGUAGAAGAAAAUAUCGCAAUCAUUCAACCGGGUUGCUCUUCUAUCGCGGGAUCCUCUACUUCUCCACUCUUCGGUCUAACAUCGUAUCGCAUCACCCCUCCAUCGGAAAAAUCUUACAAGAAUUUUGAACGAACGCCGAAUAGAAAUCUCUUCUAUUCAACCCGUUUUCACGAUCAUUGUUACGUUGCCAGCGGUCAUGAGUAACAUCCGGUCACUGGCCUGAAAGGGUGCAGUGCAGUCAGUGUUGUUUCACGGUGGAUACAUACACGCCUCGGUGAACAUUGAAUGAUCUACUCGGACUUUGCAAAAGUCGCCAUUCUUCUUCCAUUCAGACGGUCUUCCUGAUCAUAUACUUGCUUACAUCGAUCCCUGGCGAGUAUGCUUCGUGGUGCUAUUUGAUUGACGGCAGGCUUGCUGCGCAAACACUACUACGCAUUACGAAUGAGUCGCCGUAAUCAGAAACGUACUCUCAUCCCAGUGAUUGUACACGAUAGCAACUCAAGCAUCAUAGCAUCAUCAGAAAGCAUGGCUUCCGCCAUGCCAGUUCCGAGCUUGUCGGCAGGAUCUCGAUCCUCUGUAUCGGACAUAUCAUCAACCGAGUCCCAGAUGAUAUCGAAGAAGGCCAAGCCUAGGGUCAAUGUCAUCAAUAUCCUCGAAGCAGACAGCACCGGUAAUCUCGUCGCGUCACCACCUGCAUCAUCUUCGGAGACGGUGAUGUAUCACUGUCUCUUCUACAUCCUCCCCUGCGACCACCAAUCAGAUAACAUCGAAACUUGGAAAACACACGUUCUCAGCCAUUUCCGGGGUACUCGGCUCCCACCCACAGCAAUCUGCCAAUGGUGUCCCCUCGACUUCAAACUGUCCACCGACCCAAACCGAACCUGGGACGCAAUGCUCACCCACGUUGCGCACGACCACUUUGAGCAAGGCCAUACGCUUGCAGCAAGUCGACCAAACUUUGAGUUGAUGAAGUACAUGUAUCAAUCCAAAAUCAUUACCGAGGAUCAGUUAAAGGCAAUUCAGCUCUGUCCGUCGCCGGAUAGUCCUGCGUAUCAUCCAUCGCAGGACCCGGUUAGGGCUAGUAUCGGGUCUGCUGAUGAACCGUAUUGCUCGACAUAUAGUCCGCGGAGGGAGAAGAGAUUGAGACAGCAGCGGCAGGGGAUCAGUGUGGUAUAAUCCUGAUGCUCUCAUAGAUCCAGCAUGUUGAUCUGCUGGAUGGAUGGAGAUUUCAAUGUUCCCAUUUGAGCAAAGUCAACAAAAGUCUCUGUU